UAAGAAAUCAGCUCUGAAAUCAGUGACAACAAAUGUCAGUGGUGAAAAAUAUAUAAAAAAUUUGUGUCAAAGGAAAGACAAUGCGAACGAAAAAAAUCAACGGGUGAUGUAGAAAGAGUAGAGUAGAUGACAACUAAAUUAUCGAAAAAUAUGAGCGAGGCUUCAUCGUAAACGCAUUCAUUAUAUGCAACGGUAAAGGUAAGAACGUAAUGCAAGAAGCACAUCCAAGGGUCUGCUUUGCUGUGGAAACGGAAAUAACAAAAAUUACGAAACUCGAUUCUUUUCCCAAAUUUUUAUCAACAAGCAAAAACUCCUAGCUCUACUGCAAUAAAUUCAACGGCAUGAUAAAGUGCAUUAUAAUUACUUAAAAAUUGCUUGUGUUAAGGUAUAGCAAUAAAAAAAUCAUUAUUAACGUUAAAAGUUCCGUGGCAACGAGAAAAGUACAUUCAUUAUUUAGCUAUUCCUUACAUCGUCAAAGGCAUUCCUAAAACUUCCAAAGCGGUACUAAAAUGUUGACUUUAUUUUAUGCGACUGCGACUUUUCUGCAGUCUUGGCGUAUCAAGAAUGUCUGUGUUAAAAUUUGCCAGCAAUUAGCUCAAAAGACGAGCGUCGCCUUUUAUACGUUGCCAGCAGGAACGGAUGAUGGUUUUGAUCCAACAUUAGCGGCAUCGGAUUUCUGCUAUAAUCGCAAUGCAGCGCGUGUUUCCGAAAUACUCUGGUUAAAUGGCGAGCAUCGCGGUUGUUGUCUAUCACCAUUGCAAGUGGUUCAACUAAUGCCUUGGAUAUCAUUUGGAGAGUGUACGGCGUCAGCAGACACUAUGCUACUACCUUUUGCGCAUUCACCUGCUCCAGCAGAUCUGUUGGAGCGUUUAUCGGGGUCAAGUAAGGGGAAAAUAUUACAUCUUCUAUUGGAAACUGAUAUCCAACCUUGUUAUCAGACUGGAUAUGAUGCGGAUUUUGUUCGGAUUGAAGAUUUUGGUAAGCUAAUAGCAUGGAAGGUUGACUCACAUCUUGCUGUGCUCAUUGAGACUGAUGUGGAGCAUUUCACCAAAUUGUUGUUAUCCACCUACUUACAAAAUAAUUUUCUCAUUAACGAUCAGUUGAAAUUGCUGAGGAUUGAGUCAAUUAACUAUGAAGGCAAUCCACAGCCUAUGAACUUAUUGGCCAGCCAUUUGCGCAAGCCCGUACGUCAUAGCGAGCAGUGGCUAAAUGCAGAGGAAUGGGAGCGCCAUUUAGAAGAUUUGCGUGCGUUAAGCGUAUUAGCGUUUCAAGCUACCGAGUUUGAGAGUCAAAAAGGUCGUGGCGAGGGUAAGGUUACGAGCGCAACCACAGUCAAGCCAGAUUUGAUACCCUACGAGCAGCAGGCAGCUGAGUUUGAAGGAGAGGCGGAAGCUAGUAGUUCCCGAGGAACAGAAACUGCGGCUGCGAUUACUGCAGGCAAAUCCUCAACUACAUCGGCAAGCCCCAAAACUGCUUCUACAGUCACACUUACCAAACCUACGGUGGUUACAAAAGUGCCUCUUGAAGCAGAGAAAACGUCUAAUCCUUCUUCACCUUUGGGCAAAAUGCGCGCCAAACCGACUGAAAUUAAAAAACCAGUGGCUGUAAAAAGUAGCUCGGGAAGUACUGAACCGGCCUCCGAAUCUCUCAAAAUCACACGCCAAUUGGCUCAGCAGACAGAUAUUUCUGGAGUGAAAUCGUCAGGACUAGCAUCGCAACAAUUCGCAGAUCCUCCAAUUACUAUCUCUGCGGCUGCUGCCGUUAUAACAACAACGACAGCAAGAGCUAAAAUGCCUUCCAAGAGUGUAGAAACCAAGUCUAGUCAACUAGAGAAGUUGGCCUCCGCAACUGUGUCGACCCUGACACAAAAACCAAAUUCUCCAGCCUCAGAAGUAACUCCAGUCUCUCCGAAAUUAGCUCAGCCUAGUGAAAGCGGAUUAUCUGCAUCAGCAGCUACUAGCACUGCAAAACGUCCAAGCUUAAAAAGAUCUAAAACAGAUACUCGUCCAAGCAAGCCAACAAAUAUAUUUGUAUAUUCGGAAAGCGCAAGUUCGCGUGAGGGGACAUUAAGCACACUCAAAGACAUUGUGGAGCGGGAUAAGUACACAAUUUAUGCAAUGUCCCUUCAGCAGUUGACACAAAAGUUUUGGAUGGAAAACACUGCUCUUUUGGUAGUUUGUGGCACUGUACCCACUAAUAUUGGUGAAAUCUUAGUGGAUUACUUUUUGUGUGGCGGCAAAGUACUCUCGCUAUGUUCGGAUAUUCUGAAUUUUGUGUUGCCCAACUAUCGAACAGCUGAGGUACGUGAAAAUGAGCUGGUGCAGUUUUCAUACGAUAAAUGGCAAAAAAUAAAAAUGAUGCAUCACAUUUUUUGCUAUCAACCCUCGCCAGUUAAGAAAAACUUUUCCACGGAUAGCGAUGAUGCAACACAGUCUAGUGCCAAGAAACCAGCUCUAGUGUGUCCAAGGUCUGUCGAACUGCAGGAUCUGCAUGGCGAAGUGCACAAUCUGGAUGUGACGGUGCUUGGCACUGAGGAAACAUGGAAUACCCCAAGUUUGUUGUUGGCAAACAACGUAAAAAGUGGUGGUCGUGCAGUCUUCUCACAGGUGCAUUUGGAAACCAGUCCUUCGCAAUUCGAAAUGGAUGAACCCAAGUACAAGAUUUUGAAGAAAAACGAACCUGUUCGCUUAGAAAUCUUAUCUGAUUUAUUAAGUAAGCACUUGGAAGUGAGCGUACAACAACCCGAGAGCACCAAUCAUGCCAAAUGUACUUAUCAAGAAGCUUAUUUUCUGGGCCGACAUGAAUCUAAAUUUGAAUUACUGGACAAACUAAAAAAGUCUGGAGCCUCUGGUAACAUCGUCACCACAUCCAAACUUACCAUGCAGUUCUGUGGCAAAGGCGAUAAGGCCAAAAGUGCUAAUACUAAUGUACUUCCAAUACUUAUACAUUCCUGUCCAGAGGAUUUUUCAACGGUGGAAUAUUUUGAUAAUUUAAAAACAAACUACAUUGGCCGCCUUGUUAUUUAUGCGCCCAUUGUAAGUACCAGCAUGAAUGUCAUCAGCGAUUUAGAGUUAAUGGAUGGCAUUGCUGUGUUGGUGCGCCAACAGACGGAAGGUGUGGGACGUAACAACAACCAGUGGCUUAGUCCACUAGGUUGUGCCAUGUUUUCCAUACAAUUGCAUAUUUCCUUGGACUCACCGCUAGGUGGGCGUCUGCCGUUGCUGCAACAUAUAGUUGGUUUGGCUUUAGUGAAUACAUUCAGAGGAAAUGAAGUAUAUAAGGACCUUAACAUCCGUUUAAAAUGGCCUAAUGACAUUUAUGCAAAUGGAGUACAAAAAAUUGGUGGUCUUAUUGUGAAAACAACAAUAUUCGGUUCUAAAAUCAUUGCAAACCUUGGAUGCGCAAUGAAUUUGGAUAACAAAAAACCAACGACAUGCAUUAACGACAUGAUUCAAGAAUAUAAUACUGCAAAUCGCGCGAAUUUACCAUUGCUAAAAUAUGAGGAAUAUGUUGCAAUGACAUUUAAUGAGAUUGAGAGACUUCUGGAGAAGGUGAAAUCAGGCAACUUUGAUUAUUUUUAUGAGCAAUACUAUACGCAGUGGAUGCACGAUUUGCAGAAAGUCAAGAUAUGCGACAAGUAUGGAAAAAAGGAGGAGGCGACUGUUAUUGGUAUUGAUGAUGUUGGCUAUUUAAGGGUUCGAACCAUUGACGGCACAAUAGAAACCGUUCAACCGGAUGGUAAUAGUUUUGAUAUGCUCCAAGGAUUAAUCGUACCUAAAUUCAAUUAAAUAGUGCAAAAGCUAUUAUCGUAUACCGUAUAAUAUUCGUGCUUCUUUAAAAACGUUUUUAAAUUACCUGUAUUUAAGUGCAUUUAAAAUCUACUUAAUCUCCAAUGUAAGUUUUGAUAGUCUAAUCUAUUUAAUUAAUAGUAACAAAUGAAAUAUGAAAACUAGCAGAAUUUGUAGUGAUAGAUCAGAAGUGUUAAAAGGUCUUCGAGAAGCAACACUAAACAAAUUAGUACUGAGUUCGAUCAUGACAAGUAAACUUAUAUAAAUUUAUAUCUUAAGCAUAUAACUGCUUAUUUCAUUAUAAUACUAUUAUACUUCAUUAUAAUAAUAUUAAUUUAAAAGUUAAAAAUGUGAUUGACUCACAAGUAAUAAAAAAUCAGUUUGAUCUUAAAGGGUACUCAAUGCUCAGACCACCUGACCGUAGUAAGUAACAAAGUGGAAGUGCCAUCUAAGACGUGGUAACUAGAAAUGACGUCAAUAACCUGUAGGUUUUUACAGUGAUAGUAAAUCACUUAUGUAUAUCAUGCGCAUCGACAUUGUUCAAUAUAUCCUAUUUUUUGUUGAUUCAUACACUGCCACAAAUUAAUUGAACGCGAUAAUACUAAUAGGUGUAGUACCUUUUUCGAAGAAUGACAUGUUUUUGAUUAAGAAUAGAAAAUUAAGUUAACAGUGAAACUUUUACUAACUCAGAUGUAUAAUUCGUGGGCUUACCAAAAACUAUUUGCUAUUAGUCUAAAUAGAUAAGUGUGAUUAUUACUACUUUUGUUAUUUUCUUGUUGAAUUUAUAUGUAUAUGCUUAAUGUCCUAUAUACUCG